AUGGAUUCGACGCCGUCGACCAGGAGUAGGAAUCGCAGUCCUCGUGUACCGCCCGCAGCAUCCACCCAAAAUCGUAGCGUCGUCCAACCUCCUGUUCAGAAUGGCUCUACCGAGGACUGGAUAGAACCGCCGCUCGCAUCGCCCAUACCGAGUUUUGAAGAGCAUGGAGGAGGGCCUUACGGGGUCCUCGAGGAUAUGCAAGCGCUGGGCAGUCGACCGACAGCAAAGGUUAGAGCCAGGGUGAAGCCAGACGCUCCUAAGAAAAGCGCUCUGGGCAAGUCUUUCACCAACCCCACGGCCACUGCAUCCAACCAAGGCACACCAGAAGCAACUCCUGCUCCUAUGGAAGCUUUACCUGAACAACCGCUGGUCAUUGUCGACGACGAGCGUGAUGAUGAUUACACGCCACGACCAUCCAAGAAGCCUGCAAAAGCCCGUCUCUCGCGCUCCGCUGCCAACACUGUCAAGUCUACUGCUUCACCAAAACCUACCACACCUUCCGUCGCAGCCUCUGAGACUCCUGUACCUUCAUCCGUUCCAACCCCUAUUGCUUCGGCCACGCCAACUGCUGCUCCUCCGGCUUCUGCCAAGCGCCCCUCACAAGCCCUGCCAAAAUUUGAGGAGGUCGCUAAGCAUCUGGAGAUGUUCGACAAGGCCAUUCCACUACCGUCAACGCCUCAACAACUUCAUUUGCAUCAUAUCGUAAAAGCUGCCGUCAAGAAGUCUAUCGAGGUUGGCAAUAAGUAUCUCGGUCUCGCUAUUCAGGAAGUCUUUCUUCAAAGCUUUUCCAAGCCCGAGUUAGUGCGUCUACUGCAAGGUAUUCUCGACCAAACCUCUACACCUCAGGAAAUCCUCGUCUUUAGAGAGCACAUCAAUCAUGCCAAGAAGAGGAUCAAGGCUAAAGAACUGAAAACCAAGGAGGUUGCAAGUGAAGCCAAACAGCCUUCUUCACUAGCUCCUGAGAUGAUUCCGCACCCUUCUAUCGAGACGCAGGCGGUUCCGCGAAAACCAAAGAUUUCACUCAAGCCGCCCAAGAAAUCAGCACAGAGUGUUGCCAAUUCUGCCCAAACGCCAUCGCUUCCCCCGUCCACAACAAAGCCGCGCACGUCAAGCGUCUCAAGCUCUUCGUCCUUAUCAUCACUCACUUCUAUCGAAGAAGAAAUGUCACCCCUGGACCCAUCACAAUUCUCGGCAUCUGCAGCUGCCUCUGCUACGCUCGCAGCUCCUCCGGAAACCAAUGGUUCUGUCAAACGUUCAUCCAUGGAAGCAGGAAAUGACGAGAAUGAUCGCAAGUUCCAAGCAAAGAAGCAGAAAUUCGAACAGAAAGUCAACCGUGAUGCUCCUACAGAAGAAAGCCACGUGCGACCAGAUCUACCGGCCACUUCCAGCGCGCACCAAAACCUAAUCGUGCCACCUGUGCAACUUGUCGCCAAUGGCACCACCAGCAAAGACAUUUCAAAUGGUGCAGUAUCGCCCCUGACCGAUGUCUCAUCACCACUAUCGUCUGCUUCGCGCAACAACACGCCCAAAAGGGCUUCCAUGCCUGCCAAGGUGACGAAAAAGAAAGCUAAAACCAAGCACUCGCCAGUCAAAAAGCAAGCACCUGGGCAAAGUGCUGACGAGGACGGAACAAGCCGCCGAGCCAGCCCCAGUGGCCCUGAUGUGAACGAAGAGUCUGACAACAACGACUUUUGCACAGCUUGUAAUACCAGCGGAUUCCUCCUUUGCUGUGACGGCUGCGACAGUUCAUUCCAUCUGCACUGUCUAGAUCCUCCCUUGAGUCAAAAUGCGCCUGAAUUGAACGAGGCUUGGUACUGUUUCGGCUGUACCGCAAAGCGCGCACAACCCCAGAGACAGUCUCGUGGCCUCUUCGCUGCUUUGCUUCUCAACCUUGAGAAGCGCAAUCCAUCAAACUUUGUACUUCCCCAAGACGUUCGCGAAUACUUCGAUGGUGUCGCAACCGCUAAGGACGGCAAAUUCGUAGAGCAACUUGCUACAAAGACUCGAAGAGGAGCUGGUUACGAGGAGCUGCCUGACCACUUCAAGACAAAGGAUGCUAAAGGGCAAGCUAUCUUAUGCUACAAUUGUUCUCUCUCGUCGCUUGGUCGGCGCGAGAUCAUUACUUGCGACCAGUGUAGUGCACACUGGCAUCUCGACUGCCUAGACCCGCCUCUUGCAAAUGCUCCUUAUCGUGACCACACUGGCAGGAAGAUUCGUGACUGGCUCUGUCCCCUUCACGCUGAACAUGUGCUUCGUCAGAUGGAAGUGCCACGUCUGGCUGACCGACAGUUCCAAAGAGAACGAAGAGUGCACAUGCGUAGGCCCCGCGCUGCAAAGGUGGUUGAUACCGCCCUCAACCGCGACUUCAUAAAUGAUGGCGUGAUCGAGAUAGCCAAUGACUCGAGUGAUGAUGAGUCCGAGUUCGAGGAGAUUGACGUUUCUGGUGUUGUCUAUCGCCUCCCUGAGAAGGGCAUCAAGCUUGAUUUCAUAGACAGAGUCAGACGAGUCCGAGCAGCUGAACAGUACUACGACAAUCGCGAGACAUACUCUCGCCCCAACAAGAGAAGAAAGGUGGUACACCAUGAUGAGAAGAACAGCUUCUUCCGUCGUUCGUUUGCAGAGCAGCGUACUGCGCUUGACUUGGUUGGUCUUGCCAAUCAGCAAGCUGAUCUUGACUUCAACGGAGAUCAGGUCAGCAGCCUGCUUACCACCCUUAUUGCCGAGGCACCGGCCGAUGUGGUUGAACAGAUGAUCGAAGCGGAGAAGGUGGCUAAGCCAUCUGACACAGCGGGUCCUCCUUCACCUCCUGCAUCAGAUCAACACACAGAGCAAAGUGCGGCACAGCAGCGCAAGACGUUGGAGCUGCUCCAGACACUCAUUGCAAGAAAACUCGCCACUUUGCCUGAUCAGUGA